AUGUUUAAAAUUCUUAAACCUUUACCUUCAAGUAACGGCCCGGUGACUCGUUGUUACAAUUUAGAACUUGUGAUAAAAGAGUUAGCACCUGACGGAGUUAAGCGUCCUGUGUGGACUGUUAAUAAGCAAUAUCCUGCUCCGAUAAUUCAAGCAAACUAUGGUGACAGACUUCUCAUUAAUGUAACCAACAAAUUGGGGGAACCUUCUACAAUUCAUUGGCAUGGUAUAUUUCAAACAGGCACAAACUUUUAUGAUGGUGUUCCAGGUGUAACGCAAUGUCCGAUCCCCAAUCUUCAAAAUUUUCUUUACAAUUUUACCGUUAACCAAUAUGGCACUUUUUGGUACCAUUCGCACUUCGCGGGUCAACUUGCUGAUGGCCUUAAAGGCCCAUUAAUUAUUCAUAAUCCCAAAGACCCUUAUCUUAAAGAAUACGAUUUCGAAUACGUGUUAACACUAUCAGAUUGGUAUCAUAUGACAUCCGUUGACAUUCAUCCAAUCCUUCUUUCUCCGAAUUACAAAGGGAAUGAUCCUAUUCCUAAUUCUGGUGAAAUUAGUGGCAUAGGACAAUUUAAUUGUUCUACUGCCUCUAGAGACUCAUGUAAUCCGAACAAUGGAAUAGCCACUUAUACAGUUAAAAAGGGUAAAAAAUAUAGAUUUAGAAUCAUAAAUAUAAGUGCGGCAACUCAUUUUAUAUUUUCAAUUGAUGAACAUCCGCUUACUAUCAUUGAAGUUGAUGGUCAUUUAAUAAAACCUCCAGUCACUCUAAAUACAAUUCCAAUUCAUACUGCACAAAGAUAUUCAAUAAUUCUUAAUGCUAACAAGUCAAUUAAAAAUUAUUAUAUUCGUGCUAAACAAACGAUUUGCACACCGAUUAAUAAUCAAACCAUAAAUUAUAAUUCUUCAGUAAAUUAUGAGAAUGUUAUGGGAAUUUUAAAAUAUGAAGAUGCAAACGUGAAAGCUCCAGCUUCAAAACCUUAUCCAUUUAAUGCAUCAGAAGAAUGUAGAGACGUGAAUCCAAACAUUUUAAAGCCAUAUGAUAUAAAACCACCACAAUGUGUUACUCAUAAUAUCCGUAUAAUGGUCUCUUUUGGCAAGUUAGCGACGACUGGAUCAAUUGCUUUCAUUGAUAAUUCAAGUUUUGUUGCUAACGCUAAUUAUCCGACAAAUCGAAGAAUUAUUAAUGGAAUAAAUACGCAUACAUUUCCGCAAUAUGAAAAUACUUAUACAUAUGAUCGCUAUUCUAUAAACGCCAUAUAUUGCAAUGAUGCAGCUGUUGAUUUAUAUAUUACUGCUAACACUAGUAAUUCUCAUCCGUUCCAUAUGCAUGGGCACAGUUUUUUCGUUGUUUAUAAUGGAGAAAAUCAAACUGGCCUUGAACUCCCAGAUCCAUCGAAAUUUAACUUAGUCAAUCCUGCCUUUCGUGAUACAGUAACCGUUCUAGGAAAUAGUACAACUGUAAUCCGUUACCGUCUAGACAAUCCUGGAGUAUGGUUAAUGCACUGUCAUAUGCAUUGGCACUUAAUCAAAGGCAUGGCCUUACAAUUAAUUGAGUUACCAUCGAAAAUUAAGAAUAUGACAGUCCCAGAGGAUGUCUUUGCAUUUUGCGCAAGUUAG